UAUGAAAAUCCACUGUCUUUAUCCAUGACUUACAGCUUUACAGCGCACUGUCUCCGGGAAUUGUGAGCAGUUCUAAAUCAUCAAGGUUCAAGGUGAUCAAACAAUGUUAAACAUAAGUUUUUAAGCUCUUAAAGAGAACCCAGAGCUUCCAGGACCCCAAAGAGCUCAUUAAGGUUAAUGACACUCAGCUAUAAUGACACCAGAGAUAUACAGAGAGGCUUAUUCUGAGAUAUAACUCAAAACAAGGAAGAAACAAGCCAAACUGAAUGGAAAAUUUCUGCCCUCAAAUUCCAGCGAGUGUUUAGGCUGUAAUUGGCCGUGAAGGGACGGAUGAGUCACUCAGGGUCUCUCCCACCGACCUCUCUUUUGGGCUCUCAGCACUGAGGAGAGGCUGCUUCUCCUCAUGUCACCCAGCAGUUUGGGAAUAUUUGUGUGUCUGAGUAAUGCGGCGGGCUCCAGGCACUGGACGUUAUCUCACACAGAGUUUGUGAGAGCCUGAGACAUGCUCGUCAUGUACGCGAGUUGACCUUGGUGACAUGGCCGUUGAGGAACAGCGAGGUGAUGUGUGUGUUUAUCUGUGUGAUGAUAGCAGGAUGGCCUUGUGGGCAGAGCUCUUAUAUAUACAGGCUCUUGCAAACGUCUGCAGAUAGAAUCUCUGACGCUCUCUCAGCCGUCCGUCCACUUCCUUUCAGAGCAUUUGCAGCUCAGACCGACUUUGAAUCUUUGUGAUCUCCCUGCUUUGACAGUUUUCGAGUUCUCCUAAAUCUUCAAGAAACUCCUAUAACUGGAAAAUGCUGCCUGCAACUUUUAAACUAUGUGCUGGCAUCUCCUAUCGGCACAUGAGGAACAUGACAGGUCUGAGAAAAAACGCCAUGGUGGCCAUUCAUCAUGAGCUGAGCAGACUGGCAGGUCCAGGCCCCAGUAACUGGAUCAGCCAAGUCCGCAGAAGAAGCUCCCUGCUCAGUUCCCGGAUUGAAGAGGGGAGGUACAGUGAACAGGAGAUGUCCUAUGUGAAGCAAGGCGAGGACGCACUGCAGAAGGCCAUCAGCAUCCUCGGCGAGCAGGACGGCUGGACUGUUGAAACUGUAGCUAAAAAUGGAGACAAAGUCCUGAGUAAAGUGUUGCCUGACGUUGGGAAGGUGUUCAAGCUGGAAGUGAUGCUGGAGCAACCUUCUGACAACCUUUACGAAGAGCUGGUGGGAAAUAUGGAGCAAAUGGGGGAGUGGAACCCAAACGUCAAGCAAGUCAAGAUUCUUCAAAAGAUCGGCCAGGACACAAUGAUCACCCACGAGGUAGCUGCAGAGACACCCGGAAACGUGGUGGGACCGAGAGACUUUGUGAGUGUCCGCUGUGCCAAACGCCGAGGCUCCACCUGCUUCCUGGCUGGAAUGUCCACUCAGCACCCAAACAUGCCGGUACAGAGAGGCAUCGUCAGAGCGGAGAAUGGGCCCACCUGUAUAGUUAUGAAGCCCUGUGCUGAAGACCCAAAUAAGACCAAGUUCACCUGGUUACUAAGUAUAGAUCUAAAGGGCUGGAUCCCAAAGACAAUCAUAAACAAAAUGCUCUCUCAGACGCAGGUGGACUUUGCCAACCACCUCAGGCAAAGGAUGGCUAAUAAUGUUUCCAUGGAGAUGGCUCAUGCCUGCUGACACAAGACGCCUCUUGAGCUUUGGCACAAUGCGCUCGACAGCGUCAACAGUGGCUGCUCAUCGGAAAAAUCAUGUGAAUCUGCUUAUAAAUAAUGAACAGCUAAGAAAAUCCAGACAGUGUUGAGGAAAUUAGAUGUAGAUUGUGCAUUUUUGACAUCUUUCAAAAAAAACCCUAAGCCAAAUAUGAGUUUUUCUCGCUCCCGGGAGUAGAAAAUCUAUAAUGAGAUUUAACAUCAUUGACUGGAAAUUGACACAUCGUUUUUCUGACCAGGGCCGGGAUAAGAAAUUCUGUGGCCUAAUUCUCUCAUUUGGUUCUUUUAAAACAAGUAAAAAACAACUUUAUUAUGCUUCUUAGAUAACAAAAUGAAAACUAAAGGCUGCUCAAGUAACUCAAUUACAAAAAAAAAGUGGAUUGUUUCAAAAAAAGCAAAGGAAAACCACAAAAUGUGAUUGUACGUGUUCAUCUAGCACCAUGCUGCAUACAUCUGCACUGAACAGCCAGUAGAUUAAAUAUAAACACACAACUAAAACUGAACUCAAAAGCCUCUUAAACCUUACAGAGGCAGAACUGUGCAUUCUGAAAAUGUCCGUACUGUUGCACAAUAUCUUAAAUGCAUUCUAUAUCAGACUGAAAUCAGUUUUUGACCAAGGCAAGUUUGAGGAAGUAGUGUCCACAUGUUGCUACAUAAUGCAGUCCUGUUUUAAAUAGUUUUACUCUUAUUUUACUGUCUAUUGCAAUUUUCUCUCAUCUUUGGUUACCUUUAGCAACUGGUUUGUACGUUUUUGCACGCUAGUUUAUAAGAUGCUGGCGUUACUAUGGCAUCACACAGACAAAACUGCAGAAAAAGCUGAGGCAGGCCUAAAAGAUUUUUCACAAAUUCAAGUUAUUUUUUGUUGUUUCAUUGUGAUUACAGAAUUGUUGCUUUAUUCUGAUUACAAUAAUGACCCCAAAGCAGACACCUUAAAAAAGAAAAACAUUAACUUUACAGGUCUCACUGAGCCCCAAAGCCGCUGAUCUUGUGCUGCAGUCUUCAUAUUCCUCCACAUUUAAGACGCCUUGUUUGCGGCACAUUAAUCCACAUCAGUCGGCUCCACUUUGGCAGAAACACUGAGUGCAGCAACAAAUUGUACAUUGUUUCAUUCUGACAACACUCCAGUUAUUGUCCCUGUCUCUGCCAUGAAAUUGCACUUUUAUUUCACUGUUUUAUUUAUUGAUAUGGCGCAGAUGCAUGGCAUUAUAGUGACUGCCAAGUGAAUAAAUCACUGCGGUGUGAUUGAUAUUUAUGUUUUUAUGCUUUUAUUAUGCUGUUGGAGAAGUAGAGAAGCAGUCUGGAGAAUGAUUAGUCUGUUCUUUGUUGGUGCAUGAGAGCUUAAAUAAAAU